AAUUUCUGCAACAAUUAAAAACUGCUUUCCUAAAAGCAACAGUGUCACGCAGUUCUCCAGUUGAAAACUUGUGCAAUUUGUUGAAGUCUAAGUAAUGUUGUAGAUUGGUCCCGCUCCCCCGUGGCUCAACAAACCAAUUUGUCUGACGGUGGAAAUGAAGCGGCACUAAUGUCCUCCCUUUUAGCUCGGCUCACAUUCAUCACUACGUUUGUUUUCUAUCUCACUCAGGACCUGGGGAGUUCAGACGGUCCCCCGCGGAACUGGAAGGGCAUAGGCAUCGCCAUGGUGGUGAUCCUGGCGGUUAUGUCCCUGGUCAUCCUCUCCGUCGUCAUCCUCACACCUGAUGAGUCUCACUUGUUACUCCGCUCCCAUUUGACCAUGGAGGAUCUGGAGAGCGACAAGUUUAAAGUUCACGAUCCCUGUGCAGCAUGGUUGAACAAUAAUGAAGUGGCCCUGCGCACCAGAGAGGGACAUGUGCUGACGUUCACCCUCAAAAACAACCUAACCACAACUCUGCUGGACAACAGCUCCCUGGACCUGACCUCAGCUAAAUUCCAGGUGUCUGCAGACAAGAGGUUUGUCCUCUUGGCAUACAACAUUCGACCGGUGUUUUCUCAGUCCUUCACAGCUUCCUAUGCUAUCUACAGUGUGGCUAAUGGGGAUCUGAUGGAGCUUAGCCCUCCAGAGAGGGAGACGAUAGAGUUGCAAUAUGCUUCCUGGGGACCCCAGGGGAAUCAACUGGCCUUUGUGUUUGACGGGGACAUUUACUACAAGCCCAACGUGGCGAGCAACCCGCUGUGUCUCACGUCCACUGAUGAGGACCAGAAGGUGGUGAACGGGCUCUCUGACUGGACCUAUGAAGAGGAGGUGCUUCUGACAUAUGCCGCCCACUGGUGGUCUAUGGACGGUGCCCGGCUUGCGUAUCUCCGCAUCAACAACUCUGCUACACCUGUGAUGGAAAUACCUCACUUCCUUGGAGGCCUCUACCCCUCCAAUAUGAUUUUCCCCUACCCAAAGGCUGGUUCCAGUAUCCCAUUAGUCAGUCUGCUUGUAGUGAACCUUUAUGGUCCAGCUCACACUCUGGAGAUGCUGCCUCCCGACUCCCUCAGGGCCAGGGAAAACUACAUCUCCAUGGUGAGCUGGAUCAGCAGCACCCGACUUUCGGUUCGCUGGCUGAAUCGUGCCCAGAACCAAUCAGUGCUCUGCGUGUGUGAGGCCACCACGGGGGCAUGCUCAGAGAAACACAAAAUGGCCAUGGACAUAAUGCAGAAUCAGCGACAGGACGUGCCUUUGUUUACAUCGGACGGUUCAAUGUUUUAUACGAUAUUACCUGCAAAACAAGGCGCUCGUGGAGAGUUUCACCACAUCGCUGGUCUGACGGUCCAGCCUGCCACCCCCUCUGUCCCCCCUCGCUUCUUGACAUCGGGGAGCUGGGAUGUCACCUUGCUCUGCGCCUUAGAUGAGAAUGCUGGAAAAAUCUACUUUCUGAGCACAGAAGAAUCAAGAGAGAGCAGACACCUUUACAGUGUGGACCUGAAUGGAGUGUUUCAGCGUCAUUGCAUCUCAUGUGACCUCAUUGAUGGAUGUGGCUUCUUCAAAGCUGUUUUCAGCCCCAAUCAAACCCACUUCAUCCUCUAUUGUUUAGGCCCAGGAAUCCCUAAAGUGACGGUUCACAGUACGAGGGACCCUUCAAGUUAUGUCAUUUUGGAGGAUAACAACCCAAUGUCUGAAGCUCUAGAGGACAAGAGGCUCCCUGAAAAUCUGUUUAGAACAGUGCAAGCAGACAACCAUGAUCUGCACCUGAAACUAUCUCUACCUCAGGGCUAUGAGGCCAACCUGCUCCCGCUUCUCAUUAUGGUGGAUGGCACUCCUGGUAGCCAAACUGUGACGGAGAGGUUUUCUCUCGGCUGGCCUCAGGUCCUCUGCAGCACACACAACGUGGCCUUGGCCUGGGUGGACGGCCGGAGCGGGGUGGGGCGUGGGCAGAAGACUGUAGUGAUGGAUCCUCGGAAGCUUGGUUUGCUGAAAGUCAAAGACUAUCUGGGAGUUGUAGAGUUGUUGAUGCAGCUGCCUUACAUCGAUGAUCGAAGGAUAGCCCUCUACGGAAAGGCACUUGGAGGUUAUUUAACUCUCAAAAUGUUAGCUGCAACAGACAAACUAUUUCAAUGCACUGCAGCUGUGGCACCAAUAACUGAUUUCAGGCUUUAUAGUGCAGCUUUUUCUGAAAGGUAUCUUGGACUUCCAGCAAAGGAGGAGCAUGCCUACUUGACUGCCUCUGUCCUUGAAGACGUCAACAAACUAAAAGACGAGAACUUCCUUAUUCUACAUGGAACUGCAGAUGCGAGGGUCCACUUCCAGCACAGUGCUGAGCUCCUGAGCCGCCUCGUGAAGGUGGAGGCCAACUACUCCCUGCAGUUGUACCCAGAUGAGGGCCACAUCCUGAGAGAGCCCCGCAGCGUUAAACACUUCCAGCGGACUGUGGUGAACUAUCUCCAAAACUGCCUGAAACACAGCACCCUCCUAGAUGCCCCAGAGGAAGAAGCGGAAGAAGAUGACUGAACCCAGAGUCCUCCAUCUCUUCUUCUGAAAGGACUCAUGAUGAGGACUGUAUGCAACAGUUAUGCAUUUCAUUGGGUCAAGUUACCAAGAAUUAGAGCAGAUGAGUGGGGACCAAAAGUAUCAGAUCAUCUCCUGUAACGUCUGGAAAAAUUGUUGUACUGUAUGACAUGUUGCACACAAUCAGUUCUGCCGUUUUGUUAUAUGUUUGAGGAACAGUUUGUUUACAAAAUUCACUUGAGAUGAUGUGGAUGAGACUGCCACUGACUCAAAAAGUUUACAAAGGUUAUAAAACAUGCAUGUCAUAACGGCUGCAUGAUGUUGAUUGUUGCAUUUUGUGCAUUUUUCCAGGAUUUUCGUUGUUGUCUUCCAAGCUCAGAGCAGGGGUCUCUAAAUCCAGUUCUUGAGAGCCACUGUCCUUCAAUUUGAAAUGCAUCCCUGCUCCAACACUCCUAAAUCAAAUGGUUACAUUACCGUCUCGACAUGUCAAGAUCUGCAGAGGCCUGGUAAUGAGCUUUUGAUUUAAUUCAGCACUGGAACAUACAUACAAGAAAAAGUUGGAAGACAAUAUCUCAUGAAGAGUUGGGGACCCCUGUCUUAGAGGUUGCAAAACCUGCCAACAGCAAAAACCAUACUGGGAGAUAUUGAAAAUUGUAACGUAUUUCAUAAAGUAAACAUCUUAGCACACUGAUUACUUUGAGAAAUGAGGUAAUCGGUCUUCCAAAAGUAAAUAUUUGGGAUGGUUAUUUAAUAAAUGUAUGUUAAUCCAAAACGUUGAAUAAAGCGUCCUAAUUGGUUACCGGUCUGUUCAUAGCCUGCAUGAUCUCAGAAUAAAAUCAGAGCUACAAUUUCAUCCCUGUGGAAUAGUAAAGUUAUUUCAGUAGUUCAAUAAAAAAAGUUAAACUCAUAUGCAGAUUUAUUGCACACACAGCUGUGCUAACUUUGGACUUUAUUAAACACAGUAGACUAACACCAACAGAUGGCAUGGCUCCCCAAAUCAUCACUGAUAGUAAGAACUUGUCCCUGUUAUCUGUGCACCCUUUGUCCUUCCACUCAAUUUUCUAUACUUUUCCAUUAAUAUGGCUGGAUACAACACUGUUAACAGCCACCUAGUUUAGCAAUGACAUUUUGGUGACUUGCACGCCUUCUGGAGAGAGUAAGGGACUGUCUGAUAGACACCUGUCAAGUCAGCAGUCUUCUCUAUGAUUAUGUAGGCAAUAACAUGGCCAUUACAUAUUGAAAACCAUAUUUACUAGUUUUCAUUUGCUUUACACUAUAAUUCUCAAAUGAAUAGAAAUAACGCUUGAAAUAAAUCGUUCUAUAUAUAAUGUAUGAGUUUAACUUUUUUUAUUGAAUUACUAAAAUCAAUUAACUGUUUAACUUUAUUAUAAUUUAUUGAGGUGCACCUUUAUUUUAACAUUUUUACUGUGUUAUGGGAUUUACCUUAAGGACUGUGAUAAAUGUGCCAAAAACAUUUUAUGGAUUUUAAAUUUUAACAUUUUGUUUGCAUUGUGUGAAUACCAACAAGUAUGCAACUGAUAUGCAACAGAGACUAUUUAUAUCACGCUUCAGUUCAAACAUUAUAAUAAUUUACAAGAAAUGUAAGUGUCUGUGCCCUGUAUUUAGAAGUAUUAUUUCUGUUUUUUGAUACAUUGUGGUAUUUUAACCAUUUAUUGUGUAAUGCAGAAUUAAAUUUUUUCUUUGCACAAACA